UUCGAAAAGUUGAGAUUCAGAAGGCAACAAGCAACCUGGAUAAGAACGGAAGAAGAAAGAAUAGCUUGAGCAGCUUCGAACGUCCAAUUCAUAAGUUGACAGUGUUGUUAGAAAUGGUGGAGCAAGAAGAGACCGAAAGGAACGUCCCCGCCAAGGAGCAAUGA